CCGUGCACGAGCGGAGCGCAGAGACGCGCGGCGCCCAGCCUCUAUUCAGACUGUACGUGCAUUUCGCUCAAGCUAAACUUUUUUUUUGGUCGCAGGAAGAAGCGGAAAAUCUCCCUGCACCUGGUUUAAUGACUGUAAACAUUCCCGGAGGAUUUUUUUGUUACAAGAGAAAUCUAUUUUCUGCCCCGAAAAAGACCUUAAGUAGUUUUGUAACAAUACAAAGCUUGAGUCUCCUGGACCCGAAGCGAUCAUGUCAGAUCUUUCUGUGAAUGAUCAUCUUGAGGGAAUAUUGUCAGAUUUCGAAGCGCUGAAGAGAUCCUUCGACAUUGAGGAUGUGGACGAGAUCCCCGCUUACUCUCCUUCCUCGAACCUCAGCUCACCUUUCAGUCCAAGUCCGGUCCUCAGCAAAGCCAAUGAUGGCCGAGGACCGGCUAAUCACGGGCCGCCCUCCUACCAAUCACGGAUCAGCGUCGGUUCAAGCCCCGCCCAGAGUCCAGUCAUGAAGAGCAAAAUGGUGACCAGCCUGUCGUUUAACCGCGGGACCAUUGGUGUGGUCCGGGCCAAUGGCAACACAGGUUCUGGAAUCACCCGUGUGUCAUCAUUCCAGAGCAGGUUCAACCCAAAUGGCUUUUUGUCCUCUGGCCCGGGAAGUGACAAUGACAGCCUGCACAGCUCCUCCUCUAGCCUGGAAUACCAAGGCACCUCCAAGGUCAGCUCAUUGGCCAGCCCUCCCCAGAGCCCCAUAGGGGUCAGCGAGUAUAAGCCGCAGCAUCUGGCCAGCCCCGCACUGAAGAAGUUCUCCUCGCAUGGCAACGUUUUCCACUCUGAGGUGGAAACACCGACCCACCUGGCCACAGAACCUGUAGGUAUCAACCACGGCUCUAUGCCUUCCCUGGACCUCCAGAUCUCUGAGAGCAGUGGGAGAAGAAAUGCGGGCCCGCUGGGAGUGAGGUACGCUGGCAUGGCUCCUACUUGGGGUUCCAACCCUCUUGGAAGGGUUCCGUCAUUUUCGUCCGGCCCCCAGCCCCCCAAACCCAAAGAACCAGCCCGGCUCAGCAAGUUCCCUCUGGACCUUGAUAGCCUGGUCGCCAAACCCCAGGUUCCACUCCCUCAAGCUACCCCGGCACCAAAACCAGCCCCUAAGCACAAUGGGAAUGUGAUCAGCCCCUCAAACACACCCGUCAUUCCCACCCACUCCCUGGAUGCUGCCCCCCCAUCUCCCCCGGGGUCCCUACCCGUCCCCAGCAUCAGCGAGUCUCCUGUACCCCUCUCCCCAGCCCAAACCCCGCAGCUCAAGCUGGUAUCACAGCCCCAAGUGGUCCAGCUCUCCCCUGGCCCGGCUGCUCCGACCACAGCUCCUGGCCCGGAUGCGGUGCAGGAUGCCGGGGAGACCGUCGGCUCCAUCCUUCAGAGGAUCGCCUCCUUUACACCGGCCAGCGCAGUGGGACCCAGACCCAGGGAAAGCAGCCGCAGCAACGAGGAGCAGGAGCAAGAAGCGGCUGUACAUCUCCAGCAGCUCCAAGAAGACGGUAAGACCCAUACUCUCCACCCAACCAAUUAA